CCCUCUCCCUUUCUCUCCUGCUUUCUUAGUCUCUCAAACUUUCUCUUCCUCUAUCUCUUUCUCUCCUUCUCUCUUUCUCAGACUCUAUUUCUACCCCUUUCCGUCUCUUUCUUUCUCCAUCUCCCUCUCUCUCUCUCUUUCUCUCACUCUCAUAGUCUGCCCCCUCUCUCUCUGGGCAGGACUGUAGGUGUACAGUACACAGGGUAAAACAGAAAAAGUGGGUCAAAGUUUACCUCUCAGUCUUUCGCUUGUAAUCAGUGGAAGUGGACGUUCUCUGCAGCUGAGGAACCCUGGAGUCUGGAACCGCAUCAUCUCCACACUGCAGACAAUGCUCCUCCCUUGCCCCAUGCUCCUGCUUCUCACUGCCCUCUUGUGGAUCCAACCUCCUCUCACCAGAGCAGGCAGGAUCUUGGUGUACCCGGUGGAUGGCAGCCACUGGCUCAACAUGAACAUUGUGCUUAAAGAGCUUCACCAGCGAGGUCAUGAGCUGACUGUAGUCCGUUCCUCCACAAGUUGGUACAUUCCAGAGAAAACUCCACACUACAUUUCUCUUACUGUACCGGUCAACCAUGCUAGCCACCUGGAGAACCCUGAGUUCAUGGCGUCCUUCUUGAAGAGGAACAUUGACAUCCGGAGAGGAGAAGGGUCCAUUCUUUCGUUCAUCGCUUACCAGCAAGAGACCAUCAAUCUGCUGCUGGAGGCUCACAGGGCAAGUGCUGAAAUGGUGAGGACCAUCUUGGAGGAUAAAAGACUUGUGAGGAAACUGAAAGGCGCCAAGUACGAUUUGCUCCUGACAGAUCCUGGCUUCGGAGGUGGAGUAGUGUUGGGUAAAUACUUGGGUCUACCAAUGGUAUUCAACGUUCGUUGGAUAACAAAUGGAGAUGGACACUUUUCAAUCGCGCCGUCUCCUCUUUCAUACAUCCCGACGAUUGGGUCGCAAGUCACCGAUAAAAUGACUUUCAAGAACAGAUUGAAGAACCUUUUGCACUAUGGAAUCGGCCAGUACAUCGACCACAUCACCACCAGGCCACUUUAUCAGGAUGUCAUCAGCAAAUUUAUAGACCCAGAUUCCAAUAUCUACUCCCUUAUCCAGGGAGCUGACCUGUGGCUCAUGCGAGUUGACUUUGUGUUCGAGUUUCCUCGGCCUACGAUGCCAAACGUGGUCUACAUGGGAGGGUUCCAGUGCAAGCCUUCUAAGCCUUUGCCUGCUGACUUAGAGAGGUUUGUGCAGAGCUCAGGGGAGCAUGGCAUUGUGGUGAUGUCUCUUGGCACACUGCUCGGAAGCCUUGGACCAGAGAUAUCAGAAAUCGUCGCUUCUGCUUUCGCUCGUCUGCCCCAAAAGGUGGUGUGGAGAAACCUGGGGCCGAAGCCUUCCACACUUGGCAAAAACACACUGAUUGUCGACUGGCUUCCACAGAACGACCUUCUGGGUCAUCCAAAAACCAAAGCUUUCAUCACACACGGCGGUACCAAUGGUAUCUACGAGGCCAUCUACCAUGGAGUCCCAGUCCUGGGAAUACCACUGAUCUUUGACCAGUUCGACAACAUGAUACGCCUUGAGGCCAGAGGGGUUGCCAAAGUACUGGAAGUUACAUCCCUGGAUGUGGACUCACUAACCCAAGCAUUGACGGAUAUCUUGGACGAAAAGAAACCCUACAGGGAAAAAAUGCGUAAGAUGUCGCAGUUGCAUCACGACACACCACUGAAACCGAUGGAUACUGCCAUCUUCUGGCUGGAGUAUAUUAUAAGGCACAAAGGUGCGGCACAUUUGCGUACCGAGUCCUACAAAUUGUCCUGGUAUGAAUAUCACAAUGUGGACGUGUUAGCACUGUUGCUAGGUGUUGUUAUGGCCUUGUGUCUUCUCAGUUAUAUGACCUGCCGGGCUUUGAUCAAACUGUUGUUAAAAAAGGCAAAAGUCAAACAGCAAUAAGCAAGAAUUACAACCAGCCUCAGAACAUAGCAGUUCCCAUCGUUCUAACUAGGCCUACAGGACAAGGCUGUGAUUAGGGUCCUGUUUACACUUGGUAUUAAAAUCUGUCUCGAGUGAUCUGAUCCUAGGUGGAGAAGUAGCUGCGUUUCAAAGCUUAGGCUGCAGUCAAAGUAGGCGGCACAGCCUGGGAAGGACUGUCCUAUGAAGCUUUGUGGUGAGGUCACUAGAAAGUUCCCUCCACUCUCAAUACCUCAUUUUCUUUGUGAAAUAAAUUAAUAUAAAAACGAACAUAUUGUUUGUUUUCCUUUUACAUUCUACUUACACAAAGAAUGGUGGGAAAUGGAACGCCACAAAAGAUACAUCAGUUGCGUUUUCCAAAUCUCUCGAAUGUCGCCUGCAUUUGUCAGCUGUGUAUGUAAAGUGUUCCUUCACUUUAAAACAGACUUUUUAUGAUGUUGCGACCAAGAAAUCUACCUAAACAACCUACCUGGGCUGCUACCAAUGCUUUGAAACGCAGAUAAUGAGAAACAUAACCCUUUCCUGACUGGAGGAAAAGUACCACCAACAUUUAUGCUGUCCGUCUGGAGGGAAGAUAGUCAUCCAGUAAUGCCCUGCAGGCUGCUCUACAUAAAAGAGCAGUUUGAACACAGACUGCAUGGACUAUAAACAAAAUGGGAGGUUCAUUGUUGUUUGGUAUGAUUAGAAAUGCUGUAGUGUUCCCCUAAGAAACAUUUUGUAAAAGAAAUCUUAGAAAUCAUGCACUAUAUAGCAUACAUAAUGCCUGUCAAAAGCUUGUAGUGACAUAUAAAACACAUUAUUAAGUACAAGUGUAUCAUAAUGCAUUUAGUUAGUAUGUACCAUUUUCUUAUGAACAUAUAUUGUAAGGCAUAGUGAAACCUCCAUUUAUAAAAGGCACACACGUGUGACAUUUUAUAACAUGGUACGUCACUGUUAACACUGCUUCUACUAAACAAGGUAUUAUGUAUGCAAUAUGAAUAUAGGAUUCAAGUUAUUGCUAGAAUAUUAAUUUUUGUGAUUUCUCAGACAAAAGGAGGAGCUUUGGCUGGUCCACAUGGCCAAGAUCUAAGGAUCACGGGUUUGAAUCCUAGAUCAAAUUGCUUCUCCAUCAGCAGCCAGAGUCCGAGAGAGCACAGUUGGUCAUGCUUUCUCUGGGUGGGUGGGUAGUAAUCACAGACAUCUCUCUGUUGGCUGAGGUAUGAAAGCUGGGGAGACAGCAAUUUCCUCUGAGCACUUGGGUGAUUUAUGAUGCUGCAUUGAUUGGAUGGGGGAAAAGGCGGAGCUUAACUUUACACAUGUGCUUGUCCAUGCCCUCCAAAAGCCAGGAGCACUGCAGUGAUGGGGAGAGGGGUUUCUAGUAAGUAGGAGGGGUAACUGGGGGAAUAAUAAUUUGGUAACAAAUAAUUUAAUAUAUAAUAAACAACAAUUUUUCUGGGUAAGCUGCAUCUCUGUAAAGAACGCUUCAUCUACAUUAGUAUACCAUUUAACACAAUACUUUGCCUUUUCCUCAAUCAAUCUUUUUUUUUUUUUUUUUUUUAGAAAUAAGACAUCACAGCCCACUUUAUUAAAUUGUUUUUUUGUUUUAUUGAUUUGUACACUGAAUUAAUCAGCCAACUAUUAUGCAUGUAAAUGUAUCACUUAACACAAUUGCCGCCAUGGUGAACAAAAAUAAAACGGUUCAUGGAUCAAAUAUUCAUUAAAUGCAACAUUCCGCAGAUGCUGCGUUGUUUCUC